AUGACAUUUAGCUUUGAAGAAGACAUUGAGCCAACUAGAGUAGGCCUGGUUAUUGCUAGAGCCUUCUUUGACCUUCCUUUAAAUAGGUAUAUGAUUUCGUCUCUCAAUGGCCUUGACUCUGCUGAUGAAUUGGACUAUGAAAAACAUUUUGAGGAAUUCUUUGUUAAUAGAACUCGCCAGGUCGUCGAUGCAGGAGCUAGGGUGACCCAAUCUAAGGAUUAUGCUUCGGUUGCCAUAUGGUUUGAACCAGGACAUAAAUCUGCCCCCUUUCCUUCUACUAACCCCGUUGUGUGUGAAUAUGGUGAUAAAUCAGCUGCAUUGAAGAAAAAGUAUAACCUUACUAAUAAGAAAUAUUGGUAUUUGAACUACUUGGCCAAAGAUCCACAGAAAGAAGAUGUCAAAGGGGCUGUUAGCGCCACAGUUAAGCCAAUAUUGGAAUUAGCCAGAGAGCAAGGAUUGCCUGUAGUAUUGGAGGCAGUCGCCGAUCAUGCUAGAGAAGUGUACGAGCACUUUGGUUUUAAAAUAUUAGAGUCGUUCCAAUUAUUAGAUGAGCGUACUGGAGAUGCACACCCCGUUUAUCUUAUGGCUUUCAAUUACGACAUUUAG